CUCUCUCUCCCUCUCUCUCUCUCCCUCUCUCUCUCUCUCUCUCUCUCACAUGACCAGUGUGUUUGUUCCCGUGAUCACUUCUUCCAUCUCUGUUGUCAGUGACUGAAUAUCUCACUCUUCUUACUCUGAGCCUGAUGGAUAUGCUCGACCAGAGUCUGGACAGCUGCAGCCAAGAAAAGCAAGAAGAAGAGGUCAUCCAGGCAUCUGAAGACGGAACAGGAGAAGAGCAGUCAACUGUUACGAUAGCCAGCGUUCAGGGGGCUGCAGCGUUUGGUGACCAUAACAUACAAUAUCAGUUCCGCACGGAGGGCGGUCAGGUGACGUACCGUGUUGUUCAGGUGACUGACCAGCAGCUUGAGGGAAGAGAUGAUGGGGGAGGAGCAGUGAGCGUCGUCUCUACAGCCGCCUUCACCGGGGCUCCUCAGGCUGUGGCUCAGGCUGUGAUCCAAAACCCUUUCAGUAAUGGAGGAAGCCCGGCAGGAGAGGCGGUGGGUGGGGAGACGCGCUUCGCUUACUUCCCCGCAACUGCAGUGAGCGACGGGACCGUGUCUGUGCAGGCCGCCACGGACCCCACACUCACACAGGCGGGGGGUCAGUUUUAUGUGAUGAUGACCCCCCCUGACGUCAUUCAGACAGGCACGCAGCGAACCAUCGCCCCCCGCACACAGCCCUACCCUGCAGAUGAAAACGAGCUGCUGCAGCAUGAAGGUUUAAACUGGAAAAUGGAUGGACCGCGAACACCGAGAGAUGAAAGGAGAAGAGCGCAACAUAAUGAAGUUGAAAGGCGACGAAGAGACAAGAUCAACAACUGGAUUGUCACGCUUUCCAAGAUCAUCCCAGACUGCAAUAUGGACAGCACCAAGACUGGAGCGGGUCAGCAGCAAUCAUCUCUGUCCUUGCAGAGCAAAGGAGGCAUCCUGUCUAAAGCUUGUGACUACAUCCGAGAGUUGAGGUCAAGCAACCAGCGACUGCAGGAGAGUCUGAAGGAAGUGGAGAGGAUACAAGUGGACAAUGAGUUGUGCAGGCAGCAGAUUGAAGAGCUGAAGAAUGAGAACGCUUUGCUCCGAGCGCAACUCCAGCAGCACGGCAUCGAGAUGGUUGGAGAGACGCCGCCGCAGUGAAACGGAGGAGGGGCACCACCACUCAGACACACACAACCGACACGGGCGAGAUGACGGAGGAAAAAAAAAUAAGACUUGUGAAGAAUCACUUUCUUUUUAGCGAAUGCAUCCUUCCCUGGGUUCCCAGGUCGCGAACCCUUCACCGGCCAAUUGUGGCUGUACUUGACUGUUCCAAUCCUAUUGAGAUAACCACCCGUUACGGCUCAGUAGAAAUGGGGCCACUCACCACCAUCAGAGUGCUUCAUGAGCUAUGAAAGAGAACCUCUGCUGAAAUCCUCCCUUGUUUUGUAUUUAUGUAGCCUCACUCAUGGACUAUGAUGUUUGUCGUUUAAUUUCGUCCCAUCGGUGUGUUUUCCCCCCAAAUUAUUGAUUUUUAGUUCAUGCUUUUAUUCUGUUUGUGUUUUUGAGUUCUGUAUUAAGAUGUUGUUUUUAGCUGCUUUAAUUUAUUAGUCCGCUUGCUGACAGAAGCUUUGACGGAGACCAGUUACAUUGAAGCUCUUCCCCCCCCCGCCCUCCGAGAGAAGCAAGAUUGAAUUUUAAGUGAGAAAACAUCAAAGUAUGCAAAACAUUGUGAUUGUACAGACAGAAAUAGUGCGACACACACGCAGCUUACCUAGAUCCAAAGACAAACAAGGAGCUGUGCUGGCCCCAUGCUUCCGGGCUGAUUUAUGUAAAUAAGACUUCUCGUGUUUUUAAUACAGAUGUUACAGAAUGUUAGAGCAGAUUAUCUCUGGGAGUAAACAAUCAAUAGCUCAUUAAGUUCACGCUGGCCCUUUGUCAUAGUAAUUACCAUGAAGUGUGUGUAAUCUUGGGACUUGAUUUGAAAAGAAAAAAGUGGUAUACUUGAAUUGUUGGGCAUUUUGCUUAACCAGAAAAAUAACUCAAAAGUCAACAAAAUCAAAGAUCCAACUGUUUAAAUGCUGUUUAAUUACAAAGUGUGGAACAUGUAGACGAUUAGCAACCCCGGCGCGCUGGCUGGGUUGUGGGCUGGAGAGCGAUGCAGUGCAAAUUCAAACUUUUGCCAAACUAUAUAUAGAUACUGUGGGCUUUUUUUUUCUUCAUCGUUUGUUCAUGUGUGAUUUACCGGUGUCUCAAUACGUGUAAGAAUAAUCCCCACAUGUUUCAUUUCAAGCUGUUUGCUCUAUUUUGGUAUUGCAACACUUCAAAUGCAGCUCAACGCACAAGGGGAGGAGGGGGGGGAGGCACCCUGGAGAGCGGCACUCAAAGACUCUCUGCUCACUAUGGAAAAAGGAGUACACAGAAAUUCUGUGUUGCACUUCUUAGUCGAGCACAACUCGUUCUCCACGAAAUGAAGGAAUAGUUUGAAAGUGGGGAAACUUGGAAAUGAGCUCACAUAUCUCUCCACCCACUCAGGCGAACAAUAAGUAAACUGCAAUUGGUUGUACAAACAGCAGAAGCCAAUAUUAACAUUGUUGAUGAUUUUGUGAAUGAAUAUACAUGAUGUGUUUUUGUUCCGCUUUGGGCGAUGUGAGCGAAAGUGGAAGAGAGAGAUAUCAAGCUUCGGAGCCACUUAUUAGAGCUUCUCCCUGUGUCAACAGCUCAGGAUCCAGCAAAGCAAAACCAACACUCAGACCCCUGGCGAAAUCAGGCAGACUAUCACAUUUUAAUAUCUCAGACUCUGCAAGUUAACAGCUCGUGCUUUGGAAGUGCUGUUCUGCCACUGCUGCUAGAUUCAAGCCUGAUAUGGAUAGUGCAAGUGUCUGAUCCAUCAAACGAGACUCCUAGCCAAAGUUGAGCGAUAGAUGUUUUGCAGUAGAAUUUCUUUUUACACCUUGGUGGGAGCAGAGGAUGUGAACAUGACGACAUGAAUAAUGCUUUGGAAGACGGAUGUUCACAAAUGGAAGGUCACUUGUGGCUAAUUCUUUUUUUUUUUCUUUUUUUUUUCUCUCUCUCGCGUUUCUUUUUUUGAAAUGGCAAAAGAAAGAAAAAAAGACUCCUUCUCUCUGUAGCAGCCUCACUGUUCUCAGGUUAGAUUUUAAGACAUCUUUUCUAAGUAAAAUGUGGAAAAUAAAACUUUCACUGGCUAAUAACCUU